AUGAUCUAUUUCAUUAAAUUAUUUAUUUAUUUAAUAUAUUUAUUAAAUAAAUCUUAUGGAAUUAAACAAGAUAUUUUAUUAAUUAAUGAUCCAUCACAUAAUUAUCAAACAACAUAUACAAUUAUUUCAUCAAAUAAUAGAAUAAAACGUGAUCAAUUAUCUUUAAUACUUCCAGAUAUAACAAAAAAUCAAAUAUUAUGUGAACAUGAUAUUAAUAUUAAACUUUCUAAUUGUUUAAAUUUAGAAGAAUGCAGAACUUUUUCAACUUGUCUUGAUUCAAUUCAAUGUCCAGUAAAUAUAAAAAAUUUUGGAAGUUUAAUUCUUAAUUUACUUCGUUUACUUGGUCUUAAUUCUUGUUAUACUGAUGAUAUUAAUCAAUUAUGUCCACAUGACAAACGUGUUAUGAUUUUUCAAAUAUUAUCAACACAAUUGAGUAGAAAUAAAGAUGAUGAUUAUUGCAAUAAUAUAUUCAAUUUUAUGAAUGAAAUAAAAAAUGAAGUUCAAAAUCGAUGUCCAUUAAAUGUCAACCAAGUUGAAGUAUUUCUUGAAAAUUAUACAUGUUCAACUUUCAAAAAUGAAAACAUUGAUGUAACUAGUUUACCAAAUCGAGAUGAAUUAAAAAAUCGUUUAUAUUUAUCAAAUACUGAAAAUAUAUUAGCAACACCUUCAACAAAACUAUCAUCACAAAUUGCCUAUAUUGAUGAAGAUAAUGAUUUAAAAUUUAUUAAAACAAAUACCAAUCCAUUUAAUACUAGUGAUCAAACAGUCUAUGUUAAUGAUCAUCAAUAUUAUAAUGUUUCAUAUAUUAUUCCAAAAUCUGAAGGCAUACCAAUAAAUUUCGUUCAAGAUAAUAAUCAAUUUACUCAUAUUCAUGAACUUUCUAAUCGACAUCGAACAGCAUUUGGAAUUAGUUUAAAAUUUGGCUUUCCUUUCUAUGGUCAUACAAUAAAUAAAGUUUUAAUUGCAACAGGAGGCUUUAUUUAUACGGGUGAUUUACUUCAUGCAGCAUUAGUUGGUAGUACACAAUAUAUUGCACCAUUUAUGGCAAAUUUUGAUGCAUCUAUUGGUAAAAAUGAAACUGAAAUAAAAUAUUAUGAUAAUGGUACACAUUUUAUAUGUACAUGGCAAAAAAUUUAUUUACAAGAUCAACAAGAUGCUGGUUCAUUUACAUUUCAAGUUAUUUUACAAAAUACUGGAAAUAUUUAUUUUAAUUAUUUACAAAUACCUAAAAUAAAAAUAUCUAAUACAUAUCAUGAUCAUCGUAUUGGUCUAUCAGAUGCAUAUAUGUCACAACAUUCAACAAGACAACAUAUUGCUCGAAUUAUAACACUUUAUAAUAAAAUUAGUUUAGAUAAAGAAAAAAUUACUAAUGGAGUUUCAGUUGUCUUUGAUAUGGAUCAAAUUUGUAAUACAUUUUCUGAUUGUUCAUCAUGUUUGGCUAAUCGUGGUAAACGACAUAAUUGUUCAUGGUGUGAUGAUAUACAAAAAUGUUCUGAUGGUUAUGAUCGUUCACAUCAACAAUGGGUUCAAGCACAAUGUCAUCAUUUAGCUUCAACAGAUACAUGUCCAAAUAGUAUGGAAGAUAUAUAUGAUAAUUCUCAUUUUCCAUCAUCAUCAUCAUUAUUACCAUCAAUAGUACAUUAUGAAAAAAGACGACAAUCAUCUUUUUCAUCAUCUCAACAACAUUCAACAUUACAAACAUUUCGAACAAUUCUUAUUACACUUUUAUUAUCUGUUCUUAUUCUUUCUCUUGUUGCACUUACUAUUACAUAUAUAUAUGCUUAUCGUAAUCCAACAUCACCAGCUGGUAUGUGGCUUCUUGAACAUCGUCCAUCAACUUAUAUUGCUCGUUUUAAACGUUCUACUGGUUCGAUUUAA